CUAACCGGAACUGCGCCUCCAGUAGCAGGGGGAACUUCCGGGGUCAAAGGGGACGACUUCCGGCAACUAGCUCCUCUGCCACCCUUUCUCACUCCUUUACCCUUUCACUUGGGUAGCUCGGAGGCCAGUUAAAAAAAAAAUGGAACCUUGUUCCUGUGACACUUUCGUGGCAUUACCUCCAGCAACAAUUGAUAACAGGAUUAUUUUUGGGAAAAAUUCAGAUAGACCCUGUGAUGAAGUACAAGAAGUCGUUUAUUUUCCUGCUGCAGUUCAUGACAACCUGAAGGAACAUCUUAAGUGUACUUACAUAGAAAUUGAUCAAGUUCCUGAAACAUAUGCUGUUGUCCUUAGUCGCCCAGCUUGGUUAUGGGGAGCAGAAAUGGGAGCCAAUGAGCAUGGAGUUUGCAUUGGGAAUGAAGCUGUAUGGGGAAGAGAAAAAGUUUGUGAUGAAGAGGCACUACUGGGCAUGGACCUUGUCAGACUUGGCCUUGAAAGAGGUGAUACAGCUGAAAAAGCCCUCAAUGUCAUUGUUGAUUUAUUAGAAAAAUAUGGCCAGGGUGGAAAUUGUUCAGAGGGCAGGAUGGUAUUUAGCUAUCACAACAGUUUCCUGAUAGCAGAUAGAAAUGAAGCCUGGAUUCUGGAGACUGCAGGAAAGUACUGGGCAGCAGAAAAAGUAGAAGAGGGAGUUCGCAAUAUUUCUAAUCAGCUUUCUAUAACGACCAAAAUUGAUCGGGAACACCCAGACAUGAGAAACUAUGCCAAACAGAGAGGUUGGUGGGAUGGGAAAAAGGAAUUCGAUUUUGCUGCAACAUACUCUUAUCUUGACACAGCCAAGAUGAUGAUUUCAUCAGGCAGAUACUGUGAAGGCUACAAACUUCUGAAUAAGCAUAAAGGAAACAUAACUUAUGAAACAAUGGUGGAGAUUCUCCGAGAUAAACCAAGUGGCAUUAAUAUGGAGGGAGAAUUCCUGACCACUGCAAGCAUGGUUUCUAUUUUACCUCAAGAUUCCAACCUUCCUUGCAUUCACUUCUUUACAGGGACUCCUGAUCCUGAGAGAUCUGUUUUUAAGCCUUUCAUAUUUGUGCCGAAUAUUUCACAACUAUUGAACACCAGUUCACCUACAUUUGAACUUGAAGAUUCAGUUGGAAAGAAGCUACAAUUUAACAUUAAGCCUGACAGAAGACAUCCACUCUACCAAAAACAUCAACAGGCCUUGGAAAUACUGGACAAUAAGACGGAAAAAGCCAAAACAAUGUUGGACAACAUGAGAAAACUGGAGAAAGAACUGUUCAAAGAGAUGGAAUCAAUCCUUCAAAACAAGCAUCUUCAAGUGGAUAAAAUUGUUAAUCUUUUUCAUCAGUGUACAGAAGAUGAAAUUAGAAUUUAUAAGUCAAAUGUUAGUUCUUAGUGAUCACAUAAAUGGUCAGCAAUCAUCCUCAAAGUUAGAAUCCAUUACUUUGGUAAAUAAUAUAAACUUAGUUUGAGCAGAUCUGACUAUUCUUUAAUAGCAUUCAAGUGAUAGCAUGGCUAUUAAAACUAUAUAUAGCUUUGAUGAAAUACUGAGAAAGGAAAUAAGAUUGGAAUUGAACAUAUAGAUCAUGGAUAGUCAGGUGUUGCUUCAGGUAUUGAUGUAUACAUUUUGUUAGCCAUGAUAUCUUAAAAAAAUCACAAUAAUGAAAUGUCCAAUUCUGCAUAAAGCAUGAAACAUUAAAAUAAUGUAUGCAUUUAUUAGUUACAGUAAGAAAGCAAAUUUUUCUUUUUAAUGGAACAUAUUGUCUCAACUAAUAAAUUUUUUGUGCUUUAGGCAAGUAUUAGCCAGCUCUAGCAAAAUUUUCUAGAUUUACACAUUGUUUUAUUAGUGUUUUAAUUAUGCAAAUUUUUUAUUAAACUCAAACAUGCUCUUUUUCAAGA